GUCAGAAUAUCUGAUAAUGCUUCUCUCUAUGCCCUUUCUCGCUCAUGGUUGAGGAAUGGUCUUCCCGAUGAAACUCAGUCGCAAUACAUGGAUGGUGUUAGGUCUCUUCCUAGACCUUUGCCCCUAGCUCCACAAGAUGCCGAGUCUCCUGUGAAAAAGGAAGGAGAUAAAGAAGAAGAGGAAGAGGAUGGGGGAUCGGUCGAGCAUUUAUCUCCAAAAGAACUUUUGCAAAGACAUGUCAAGCGUGCUAAAAGGAUUAGAUCACGAUUAAGGGAAGAAAGACUUCGUCGAAUUGCAAGAUACAAAACCAGGCUUGCUCUUCUCCUACCUCCAAUGGUAGAACAGCAAUACAAAAAUGAUCCAGCCUCAGGAAACUAAACCAAUCAGGAUUUCACUAAAUGGUCCGUAGGCUCUCUCAUCUGCACCCUGCUGGAGAUUUCAUGUCGUCUUCAUAUCCGUCCUCAAGGUCUUUGGAGAGCCCUCAGGUUGGAUGUUGUUAACAUUGUGCCCAAACGGACGGUUCUGGUGCAAUUAGCGCCCAUAGAACUAGCAGGCUUGGUAAUGUCAAGUUUAGUAGUGUUCAUCGAAUCAGUUUUGGUUCAGUUUUUGAUUUUAAAUAGUAUGUUGUACCAAUAUUAUACUGAAAUAAAUGUGGUAUGAUUUGUUUUUUUUAC